AUGUCUGCUCUAAGAAUCCUCGUUCCCGUCAAGCGGGUGAUUGAUUAUGCGGUCAAACCCCGGGUCAACAAGGCGCAGACGGCUGUCGAAACCGCUGGCGUCAAACACUCCAUGAACCCCUUUGACGAAUUAUCUGUCGAGGAGUCUGUUCGCAUCCGCGAGAAGAAACGAGCCCCCGGCGGCGUGGAAGACAUAUGCGCCAUCUCCGCCGGCCCGGCCAAGGCCCAAGAUAUUCUGCGAACAGCAAUGGCCAUGGGCGCUGACCGCGCUAUCCACGUUGAUGUCAAAGAGGGCGACGAUCUGGAACCCCUUGCGGUCGCCAAGCUACUCAAGAAGGCCGCGGAGGAGCAGAAGAGCAAUCUCGUCAUACUCGGCAAGCAGAGCAUCGACGAUGACGCCAAUCAGACGGGUCAGAUGCUUGCCGGUCUACUGGGCUGGCCCCAGGCCACCCAGGCAAGCAAGAUUGAGUUUGGCGAGGGCGACAGCGUCAGCGUGACGAAAGAGGUUGACGGUGGUGUUGAGACCAUUCGUGCCAAGCUGCCCAUGAUUAUUACGACGGAUUUAAGACUCAACGAGCCCCGGUACGCGAGCCUGCCUAACAUUAUGAAGGCUAAAAAGAAGAAGCUUGAUAAGAAGACGUUGAAGGACUUUGGAUUGGAAAACGAGAAGCGCCUCAAAGUGCUCAAGGUUUCGGAGCCUACGCCUAGACAGGGUGGCGGCAAGGUGGAGGAUGUUGAUGGCUUGAUUGGCAAAUUGAAAGAGUUGGGUGCAUUGUAA